GGAGUUGACCGCGCCUGGCUGUUUCCUGCAAGGGACUUGCCGAGGCUGAGUGGCCGAUGGGGAGCUGUCUCUGCUGACGCCAGUCGCCUGGGAGGUGCCCAGGAGAUCGCCUCUGCCCAAGUCUGCCAGCUGAAGAUGGCUCGCGCCCACCUUGGGACAGAGCCCAGCUCCUGAGGGCCUUACCAUGGUGAUGAUCCUAAGUAAAAGCCUCGACACGCAGGGCGCAGACUCCAUAGCCUGCAGGACCUUCAGCUCUCAGCUGCGCACGCCAAGGAAGAUGAGUCACGGACCGACACUUUUCUCUUGUGGAAUUAUGGAAAAUGACAGGUGGCGAGACCUGGACAGGAAGUGCCCUCUUCAGAUCGAGCAGCCGAGUGCCAGCCUCUGGGAAUGCCUGCCCGAGAAGUGUCCGGAUGGCGCCCUGUGGCACCAGGAGGCAGCCACCGCCUGCGCGGUGACCAACCUCAUCCAGGACCUCAGCCUCAGCGACCACAACGGGAACCCCUCCGCGCCCCCCAGCAAGCGCCAGUGCCGGUCCCUGUCCUUCUCCGACGAGAUGUCCAGCUGCCGGACAUCAUGGAGGCCCCUGGGGUCCAAAGUCUGGACCCCCGUGGAGAAGCGGCGCUGCCACAGCGGGGGCAGCGUGCCCCGGUACUCGGGCGGCUUCGGCACCAUGCAGCGGAGCUCCAGCUUCAGCCUCCCUUCCCGGGCCAGCGUGCUGUCCUCGCCCUGCGACCCGGCGGGCUCUCACCACCGCGGUGGCGGCCAGCCCUGCCAGGGGGCGCCCGGCUCGGCCACCUGUGGACAGGCAGGCGACAUCUGGAGCCCCGCCCUGAACCCCAGAGCAGGGGCCCGGCUUGACAUGCAGCGGUCGCUGUCCUGCUCCCACGAGCAGUUUCCGCUCGCUGAGUACUGCGCGCCCUCCGCCAGCAGCACCCCCGCCUGCACGCCGGAGCUGGCCCGCCGCCCCAGCGGGCUGCCCCGCAGCCGCUCCCAGCCCUGCGUCCUCAACGACAAGAAGGUCGGCGUCAAGCGGCGGCGCCCCGAGGAGGUGCAGGAGCAGAGGCCUUCCCUAGACCUGGCCAAGAUGGCACAGCGUCAGCCGUGCCGGGAGGGCGAGCUGCUUGGCGGCGAGGGCUCGGCCCGGCUUGCACAGCACGUGGCCCGGGUGGCCGGGGCGCUCCACGUCCACUCCUUUCCGGGCCGCUCGGCCAGCUGGCCCGCCUUGCGUUGCGGAGCGAAAACGCAGCUCUGUUCACGGGGCUUUGCUCUCUCCUCGGGUCCCCCCUCCAGCCUAGCACCCCCCUCCGAGGAAGAGGUGCAGGACGUCAAGUCCAGAGCGCACCUGGCCCCAGAGCGCGGGCUUCCCACCUGGGGCAGCGGAGGCAACGGUGAUGGGCCCGUGGGUUCCGCCGGGGUCCUCAGGAGGACUCUACAGCCAGACGCCGGUUGA